UUCAAAAUGGCGUCUCGAAGUAAAAAACAAAGAAAAAGAAAACAAUCCGAAACGAGUAUUCCUUUUGCUUCAGACUUCCGAAGACCAACCGAAAAGCAAAGCAAACAAGCUGCAGGACUCCUAGAAAGUGAAAAAUCUCUUAGAGAAUACCAAUUAAGUGAUGAAAAUAUAUUUUUUCAACCCGUUCCUUCACCGACUUCGAUAGACGACUGGUUGGCUCAGUAUUGCGAGAAAGGACAAAACUUCAAAAGUUUUCUCUCAACUUGUCCUUUGCUUUCUUCAAGGAAGAGUUCUGACUAUAGAGCAAAGUUUAUUCCUGAAGGAAAGACAAUUCAAGAGAAAUACCCCGAUGGCAAAAUAUUUCUUCAGCCCUUGGGAGAGUUUGACGAGAGUUUUAGCCCGAAUAUCGACGAGCUAGCAAAGUACGCCGAUGAUUUUUAUAAUAUACCAGUUGUUGUGCUCCCUAAAGUACGCUUGGAACUUCCUAAAGAAAAAGAUGGACCAGCCUACUGGCAUGGAUCUGGAGAUAAAAAUGAUAGCAAAAGUGAGCUACCUACAAAAAGAAGAAAAAGCUCUCGUAUUGCAUCCAAAUCCAAGGAACUAGAGCAUAGAUGGCAUAGGAAUGGUAGAAUCCAACUAAAUAUUGACAGUAUAUUGAAGACCCUGAGGAAUAACAUCCCUUCUUCUGCUCUCUGUUUUAUUGGUCUGACGAUGGUUGACUUGUAUCAAGACCAUACUGAUCUGUUUGUUGCUGGAAUGGCAUAUGGAAACCACAAAGUUGCUGUUUUCAGCUUUGCAAGAUACGAUCCAGGUCUUUCUUUUUCCAAAGAGUUCUGGUAUGAUAUACAAGACAGCGAAGAAUACAAACCCGAAGAAAAGAGAUCACUAAUGCUACAGAGAAGCUGCAAGUUAUUAGUGCAUGAGAUAGCUCAUAUUUUUGGUGUUGAUCAUUGCAUCUGGUACUCUUGUUGUAUGAAUGGUUCAGGACAUCUGCAAGAAGAUUUUGCUCAACCAAUAUUUUUAUGUCCCGUUGAUCUUCACAAAUUACAACGUCUGUGUGGCUUUGAUAUUCUCCAAAGAUAUAGAAAGCUUUUAGAUUUCUUCAAAAACCACGAAAUGAAUAAAGAAAGUGAAUGGCUUGAGCGAAGAAUUAAUUUUAUCACAGAACAGCACAAGAGAUAACUUUAACAGGAAAUCGUUUACGUAGAAUUUUCCUAUCAAUUUGGAUGAUACAUUUACUAAGCGCACGAGAGACGCCAAGAAUGUGCGCCGAGUAGAAGCGUCGAGAAAACCUACUGCGCAUGUCCAGAAAAUUAACGGGAAAAUGGCAAACAUCCAUUCCAGUUACCUUACCAUGCAUUUAAUGCAAGCAUUUAGAAACUUUCACGCUUGACCAGAAAAAAUGGCGGGAAAAUAGCAGCCUUAUCAUUUAGGACAAGAAUUUAUGGAAAUUCUACGCAUGCCAAGGAAAAAAGGCGGGAAAAUGGCAAAUAUCGGUUCAAGCAAUAAGAAAGGACAAUAAGCGAGCACCGAAACUCUUCCGGAAAAUGAAAAAUUUGAGCUUUAGUAAAAAUAACAGGCUCACUAAAAUUAUCUUAUAAGGCCGACAGAGUUAUUUAUUUGUUGAGAGCGAAGUCUAGUUUACAUUACUGGAUUUACGAGAAUAGACCGUCGAUGGUCAUCACGAAGUCAGAAAGUAGAGAAACUUAACAUUU